AGGUGGCGUUGUUGCAUUACACGACAGGCUGUAGACUCUCCGGCCGUCACGCUCCUCUCUAUGGUUGUUAGUUCUGUUUCUUUACCUCGGAUCACCUACAGGACUAUGUUUCCCGGCGGCCUGUGCGCUGCAUUCGCUCAUGCGCGAUGAGAGGCUGCCUGAACUUGGGUGGCACUGUGACAGUAGUACGCAGCAGUUCCCUAGAUCAGGGAGAGGUAACCAGGCACCCGCUGUACCCAGCUGGUAGUGUGUGACCCCGUAAUCUGCCCUCAUCAUGCUGCCUCUCUCACAUCACUGCUUACAUUACUUAAAGCCUCUGAAGACGUUUCUGCCCACGUUCUGCGUCAGGAGAUGUUCUUCAUCCUCCGUGCCAAAAAUUACCACACAUUAUACCAUCUGCUCCCGCGAGCAGGACAAGAGAUGGGAAGAGGUGAGCAUGGAACGGUUUGCAGAGGAAGCUGAUGUUGUGGUAGUUGGUGGAGGUCCAGCAGGACUCUCCGCAGCGAUCCGGUUGAAGCAGCUUGCGGCUGAGAGUAAUAAGGAACUGCGUGUAUGUUUGGUGGAAAAGGCAGCCCAGAUUGGUUCUCACACACUUUCGGGAGCCUGUGUGGAGACUCGAGCCCUGGAUGAACUUUUUCCUGACUGGAAGGAGCGAGGGGCACCGCUGCACACCAAAGUGACUGGGGAUAAGUUUGGAAUACUGACAGAAAAACACAGAAUACCAGUGCCUAUUCUCCCGGGACUUCCAAUGAAUAAUCAUGGCAAUUACAUUGUAAGACUUGGACACUUUGUCAGCUGGCUCGGCGAACAGGCGGAGGCUCUUGGUGUUGAAAUAUACCCUGGCUAUGCAGCAGCGGAGGUACUUUUCCAUGAAGAUGGCAGUGUUAAAGGCAUAGCAACAAAUGAUGUUGGAAUUCACAAAGAUGGCUCACCCAAGCCAACAUUUGAACGAGGUCUGGAGCUGCAUGCCAAAGUGACCAUUUUUGGAGAGGGCUGCCAUGGGCAUCUUGCAAAACAGUUGUACAAGACGUUAAAUCUCAGAGAGAACUGUGAACCCCAGACUUAUGCUAUCGGGCUAAAAGAGCUGUGGCUUGUUGAUGAGAAGAAAUGGGUUCCAGGUCUUGUUGAACAUACAGUGGGCUGGCCAUUGGACAGACACACGUAUGGUGGGUCAUUCCUUUAUCACCUUAACGAGGGCGAACCACUUGUAGCACUUGGUUUUGUGGUUGGGUUGGAUUACCAGAACCCAUACAUAAACCCUUUCAGAGAAUUUCAGAGGUGGAAACAUCAUCCCUCAGUGAUCCCUACCUUGGAAGGUGGGACACGAAUUGCUUAUGGAGCGCGUGCUCUUAAUGAAGGUGGUUUCCAGUCUUUGCCAAAGCUUGCAUUCCCUGGUGGCCUUUUGAUUGGGUGCAGCCCUGGCUUCUUGAAUGUACCAAAAAUAAAAGGGACGCACACGGCAAUGAAGAGUGGUAUGCUGGCAGCAGAAUCCAUCUUUAAACAGCUUACAGAUGAAAACCUCCAGUCAAAUACUAAAGGACUAAAUGUCGAAGAGUAUGAAGAGAACUUAAAGAAAUCUUGGGUGUGGAAGGAGCUAUAUUCAGUGAGGAACAUUAGACCUUCCUGCCAUGGUCCUCUGGGAUUGUAUGGUGGUAUGAUCUACACUGGUAUUUUCUACUGGAUACUAAGGGGAAAGGAGCCUUGGACACUAAAGCAUAAAGGUUUGGACAGCGCUCAGUUAAAGCCAGCCAAGGACUGCACACCAAUAGAGUACCCCAAACCUGAUGGCAAAAUAAGUUUUGACCUGCUUUCAUCGGUGGCUCUAAGUGGCACUAACCAUGAACAUGACCAGCCUGUACACCUAACACUACGUGAUGACAGUGUACCAGUCAGUAAGAAUCUAGCUAUAUAUGAUGGCCCAGAGCAGAGGUACUGCCCAGCAGGUGUUUAUGAAUUUGUCCCUCUAGAAUCGGGUGAAGGAUCACGGUUACAAAUCAAUGCUCAGAACUGUGUACAUUGCAAGACAUGUGACAUUAAAGAUCCAAGUCAGAAUAUUAACUGGGUUGUGCCGGAAGGAGGAGGCGGGCCUGCCUACAAUGGAAUGUAAAGCGCACUGGACUGCAGUAUUUUAUCCUAUCUGGUGACUAAAUGCUUCCACCAUCAGAGACCAGAGCUUUUCUGAAAAGCCAUUAAUUGCUGAUGAAGUUGUUAUUGAAUGUGAUAUGCGAGGGCUGAGGAUCUCCACUACGUGCUCAUGUGCUUGCACUAACCUACUAAUGUAGAAUGAGCAGUUGAUUUUUUUGUUUCAGAGAAUGGUUUCAUGCCAUAGAAUGACUUUUGUUUUUGACUGGUCAGCUUGGAGACUACUGUGGGGCAUGGUACAUAUCAACUGUGGACAAUGCCUUAUUUAUGGAUGUGAUCUAAACCAGUGGUUCUCAAGUACCCCCAACAGUUCAUGUUUUCCAGGUCUCCUCACGGGAUUGAAAGUGAAAUAAUUUUCUCCACCUGUGGGUCUUUUAAAAUGUGUCAGUGAGUAAUGAAUACACCUGUUCAACUGCUAGGUGACCUGGAAAACAUGAACUGUUGGGGGUACUUGAGGUUGAGAACCACUGAAUUCUAAACAGAAGAGCUUUAUAUAAAUUCUACAAUUUUUAUGUGUUUAAAAGAAAAACAAAAGUUUUUACAAAAAAAUUUGUUUUGUACAAUUUGUUUCUUUAAUGUCUUCCUUAUGUUUUAGGUCUACAAAACUGUGCUGCCAGCCUUACAGUAAUCAAGUUGUACAUUGGUGUGUGUAUAAAUGCACAUACUUAUACUGUAGAUGGCUUCAGUAUAUUACUAAGCGGCAAGUGUCUCAAACGUGCACUGUGCAUUCAAAAUAACACCACGUUGGCUUGUAAGAACAUGGGUCUGAGGCCAAGGGCAAGUCAAUCUGUAUACAUAUUGCGCCAAUGGUUACAUUUAUUGUGAUGAUUUAUAGGAUAUACUACUGCAUGGUAGCCAAUAAUACAGCCAUACAUUUGGUUUCAGAGUAACCUUAAAUUUGACAAGUUUCUAACUUGAAUUAUUAGGUUAUUUAACAUAUUAACCAUCGCACCAGCUAACCUAUGUGUCAUCUAGAACUGUUAUCUAUGCAUUUCCCAGUCCUUGUUGUAUGCGUCAUCUUGCUGCUACUAUUGACCACUCUACCUACUGUGAGCUGGUGAGACAUACACUGCCAAUUAUUCCUGGACUGUAUCAUGCUGGCAGAGACUAGUGGGCAGCCAUAGCAGUGCCCUGAAGAGCAACCAGCCAUAAAAUAUGACUAAUCUCAAAAGGUUAAUGAGCAGAUAGUGUCACUUCAAUGGUGGCAAGACAGUACCUGUCCUAUAUAGUGCUGAUUCAACAGGAGAGAGUGAACCCAUCCAGAGUGAACAAUCCUCAUUCAAAUAGACUGUGGGGAACAGGCAGCCAUGUGUGUAUCACUAUAUACAUUUCAUUACAGUAAAUAUCAGCAGUUUU